UCAAAGUCGUCUUCGUUUAUAACGUCGUUGAAACGUACUUGACUUGUUCUGAGUUUAUAUAAGUAUUUUCAUAUUAUUGGUUGAGUUGUGAGUUGUAAGGAUUAGUUUUGAUCGAUCAUUGGUUGAAAGAGUGGAAAUGGCUUCGCAGCAGCAGCAUAUGGAGAAGAUGGAGGUUCGCAAGAACUACCGCAAUCUCUGGCACACUGAUCUCUUAAACACCAUUCACUCUGACACCCCUUAUUGUUGUUUUGCUCUCUGGUGUGCACCGUGUGUAUCAUAUCUGCUCCGCAAACGAGCUCUUUACGAUGAUAUGUCAAGAUACACAUGUUGUGCUGGUUACAUGCCCUGCAGUGGUCGGUGUGGAGAAAGUCAAUGUCCUGAAUUCUGCCUUUGCGCGGAGGUUAUCUGUUGUUUUGGAAAUUCAGUGGCCUCAACUCGAUUUCUGUUACAAGAUGAAUUUAAUAUUCAAACUACGCAAUGUGAUAAUUGCAUCAUUGCUUUCAUGUUUAUCCUUCAACAACUAGCGUGCAUAUUUUCCAUUAUUGCUUUAAUUGUGGGAAAUAGUGAAAUUCGACAGGCUUCUCAAUUGCUGUCUUGCUUAGCUGACUUUGUCUACUGCACGGUGUGUGCCUGCAUGCAGACUCAGCAUAAGAUUGAAAUGGACAAGCGUGAUGAGAAAUUUGGGCCUCAAUCAGCGAUGGGUAUUCCUGGUUUUCAACAAAUGUCACGCUUUGAUCAGGCAGUCCCUCCUUUUGUUGGGUAUGCACCACAACCAGCAUAUGGACAGGCCCAUGGUUAUUAACAUGCCCAACCCAACAGCCUUCUCAUUUCCAAUACCCACCAUCAUAAUCUUUUGCUCAUCAUUUUCUCUCUUAAUUAAGAACUCUUUAUGUACGUUUGUAGCGUCGAUUGCUUGAACACAGUCAUACAUGUGCACGAUUGUGGUCAACUUAGUCUGAUUGACUCAUUAUCAGCUUUCGUUUCCCUUAUACAAACAACUAUAUUAUACUUUGCCUUCUACUAUACAUUCAUGUCCUA